CUCUACUUCCUCCCCAUAACCCAAAGAAUCCAUUAAUUGCUUUCAAUUAGCUGAUCCCCAUGGCAUCAGGCCUUCCCCUCAGGCACCCUGCCCAUGGUUUUAAUGCGAGCCAGCAACUGAUCAAGAGUGACCGCGGCAGCAUGCUAACAAUGUUCAAUGACAAUGUGUUGAUGAAAGAAAUUGAAAGAACUCAUGCUCCUGAUGGCCUAGAGGUUGAUGUCAAACCAUAUCUCCAUCUAGUUGAAGACAUCCUCAAACGUGCUACCCAGCAAAUCGAUACCUCUCUAACGACUUCCCAAGACCAUGCUGAAGUGGAGGACAAGACUCAACAAAUCAAUUCUGUUUGCAUAGCGAUCGAUCAACUGUCGUAUACAUUAAAACACAAUGCCUACAAGGAACUGGAUGGGCCAGAUGCCUGCGGAACAACUGCAGACUCCCUACGAGGUACUGGGUGGGACAGAUGCCCACGCAACAACUGUCUCACUUUUCAACACGCUAGAACGCUUUUCCUGGGAUGCCAAGCUGGUGCUCACCUUAGCAGCUUUUGCUUUGAAUUAUGGAGAGUUCUGGCUGCUUGUCCAGAUUUAUUCGUCAAACCUGUUGAAGUAAACUCAAUCCAGAAGGUCAAGGAAGGCAGCCACCAGCUGUCACCGUCCAACCACCAACCGAUCAGCCGCCAGCCGCCAGCUGCCGGCCGCUUUCACACCGUCGGCCAAAAACCGCCUUCACACUUGAAGGUUGAAUUUUCUUGUUUUGAUUUCGUGUAUAAAUAGAUAGCUAAGCUUAUGCAAUUAUGUGUGGAGAGAUUGAGAGAAACACUAGAGAGAAAGAGAGAAAGAAAGAGGGGUUGUUAUUGUAAGUUUUUCAUUAUUGUAAGCUUUGUUCUUGAAAUAAAAGAGUGUGUUUUAU